AUGGUAUCCAGCGAGUUGUAUCUGGCAGAGGAAGACGACGACUCGGCGAGUACUAUGAAGGAGAUGAUCGGAGGUUGCUGUGUGUGCUCAGAUGAGAGAGGCUGGGCCGAAAACCCUCUUGUCUACUGCGACGGUCACGGUUGUAAUGUUGCUGUCCACCAAGCCUGCUAUGGAAUUGUCCAAGUCCCCACAGGCCCCUGGUUCUGCAGGAAAUGUGAAUCACAGGAGCGAGCUGCCAGGGUGAUUAAAGGGUGGAGGGGGAGAAAGCCGAGCUGGCAGACCUCUGAAGGAGGAGGACUGUCCACCACCUGUAACAAAGAGGAGGAGGACAGCCGACUGAGCAGAAGUUUAAAAACUUUGAACAUAGUGAGAUGUGAACUGUGUCCCCACAAAGAUGGAGCCCUGAAAAGAACAGAUAAUGGAGGUUGGGCCCAUGUGGUUUGUGCUCUUUAUAUCCCAGAAGUGGAGUUUGCCAAUGUGUCCACCAUGGAGCCCAUCGUGCUUCAAUCUGUCCCUCAUGAACGUUAUAACAAGACUUGCUACAUCUGUGAGGAACAAGGCCGUGAAAGUAAAGCUGCUACUGGAGCCUGCAUGACAUGUAACAAACAUGGUUGCCGACAGGCCUUUCACGUCACAUGUGCUCAAUUUGCUGGGUUGUUGUGUGAAGAACAGGGCUCAGAUGCUGAUAAUGUGAAAUACUGUGGAUACUGCAAAUAUCAUUACAGCAAACUGAGAAGGAGCAAAUGCCGUGGUAGUAGGGCUCAAAGCUUAAGUGAUUCUUCCACUCACUCUUUGGAUAAGCACCAUGACAAGGAAAAGAAGAAACAUAAAGAAAGAGACCGACAUAAACCAAGGCACAAGAAAUCUUUGGAGCUCUCGCCUUCCCUUGUACCAGCUUUGAUGGUGAGCUCUGAGAAGAGCUACAACAGCAGCAGCGGAGGAAGCGUCUCCUCUAUAUCCUCCACUCAAAAGCGACUGGAUGACAGCGGAGGCCGUUUCACAAAUGCCAACUUCCAGGAAGUGCCAUCUCACUCCAGUUCCAGCUCGAAAGACGGCGGGUCCUCGGAUGGCAAGGGCUCAGAAGGCAAGAGCAAGAAGUCCAGCAGUCACGGCACCUCAAGCUCUGGGUCCAGAGGUCGCAAGUCCGUUCCUGGCAAACCCCACGCCCCUGUGGUCACCACUGCGACUUCAUCGACGGCCCCCUCCUCGUCCAGUCCGUUUCAGCAAGGUCUUUUAUUAGGCAGCAGCAGCAGUAAAUCAACCUCUAGUGGAUCUGUGGUCCAACCCACUUCUGACUUCAUCAGCUUCUCAGAAGCAAACCUGAGGGCCGGCGAGUCCUACACAACUUCUUCCUUUGGCCGUUGCCACGUGAAGGGUGGUUCAGAGGGCGGAGCUUCUGAGGGCAUGGUGGGUCUCAACACCUUCAGCAUGUUGUCUCAUCCUUCAAGCUCCAGCUCCGGCAAGCAUUACGAAAACUGUCACCCAGCUGGAGAGCUCGGCGCCCUGGCCUCAGCUGGCUACAAACGACCCCAACCUUCCUCCUCGUCUUCCUCCGCAACAUCAUCUUCCUCCACCGGUGAGGAUGGUGUAAAGAAGAAAAAGCGUGGGAACUGGAGGAAUCGUUAUGGACCGUGCUUCAACCAGGAUGUUAAAACCACAGAAACGGGAGAACACGGAGCCACGAUGCCCUCAUCCACGUCCCCCUCGUCGUCCUCCAUGAGCACAAUGGUCUCCCGUGGGAGCGCUGUCAGCAGUACUGGAGGUGUAGGAGCAGGGGGUGCUGGUAGCAGCAGUCUGGGGGUUCAGAAGUCCCCAUCUCUCCUCAGGAAUGGAAGCUUGCAGAGUAUGACUGUCAGCACCCCACCAGCUGGACCAGGGUUGUACCACAGCAGUAGCGAUGUAGCUUGCCCUUUGCCCAGCACAGUACUUGGAGGGUCUCUGUCAGGAUCCAACUCGGAGGUACCGUCUCAUCAGUCGGUGGUCACUUCCAUGCCCACUCUCACCUCACUGCCCCCAGCUGCCUCGUUUACCACCACCUCAUCCACACAUUCAAACUCACUACCCGGAUUCAACUUGGCGCCGUCUCACAUGUUCGGAAACAGGCUGAACCCGAACUCGGCCAUGGCUGCCAUGAUCGCCCAAUCCGAGAGCUCCCCAGCAGAUCAGGAGCUGGGAGACGGAGCUCUCGGCUUCUCCAGAAGAGGAAACUCACCAAAGGCAAACCUCUCCCCUCGGUCCCCGCUAAGUGGCCUGCAUAUCCGGUAUGAUUCGUCAGGACCGUUGGUACCGGGGCUCGGCUCCGGUACGGAUUCACUGCCCCCUGUGGCCACCAGCAUCGACCAGCUGCUGGAAAGACAAUGGAAUGAAGGACAACAGUUCCUCCUACAACAAGGUUCACAGGGAGAUGUCCUAGGAAUGCUGAAAUCCCUGCACCAGCUGCAGGUGGAAAACAGACGCCUGGAAGAACAGAUCCGAACUCUGACCAUGAAGAAGGAAAGACUGCAGCUCUUGAGCGCUCAGCUCGCCGUGCCUUUCACCCCCACGAGUACCACAGCCACCACUGCCUCCUCUCCUCUAUACCCCAGCAACACUCACACAGACAUGCUGCACAGCAAGAACAUUCAGCUAGGCAGCAGUGUUUUAACAGACUCCUCUCAACCCUUGCCCACUCAGGAUCACCUGUCUGGUGGCCAUAGUAGUGGAAGUAGCACGUCCUCUCUCUCCACCCCUCCUUCUGCGGCACACAGUCCCCCCCAGCAGCAGGUCAACGGAGUCGGCAUGGCCGGGGUGGCCAUCCAGCCUGGCAAUGCCAACUCAUCCCUGCCUGGCAUCGCUGGGGUGACCGGUCUGAUGGGCGCUCUACAGGGGAACCCCCUGGCCAUGAGCGGUAUCGUGGGUGCCCUGAAUGGAGUGAUCCAGACCUCCCCCAACCUGACCCAAAACACCAGCCCCCUGACCUCUCAUCCCUCAGCAGCUACCAGCGCUUCUCUGCCCAGCAGUCUCAAUAAUAGCGUGACCUCUGUGAAAACCAGUACGGCAAGACAUCUGACAGAGCAGCACAGGCAGUUCCUGCUUCAUCAGCACCAUCAACACCAACUGCAGCAGCUCUUCAGCUCCCAGCAAGCCACGCCGGAGCAGCAGCAGGUUUUGCUCUAUCAGUUAAUGCAGCAACAUCAUCAACAGCAGCAGAAUGACAUGCAGCUGCCCAUCAACAGCUUGCUGCCCAGCACCCAGCCGGCCAUGACCAGCAACCCCUUCCUCGCCGUGCACGAUAGCAGCGCUCCCAAAACUGGACGGCUAGGAGACAAGGCUGUAUCUGCGACAGGGCAGGAGAAGACCUGAUGCAAAAAAACAAAACUGAGGAGGAGGAGCUCUGCCGUAUGGAUCUUUCUCAUCUGCUUAUCCCAAGAGGCCAACUAUCUGAGCAGCAAGACCAGAAUAUUCACCCACCAUACGAAACUCACACUAGCACCAGCCUUGAUAUGUAUACACACACACACACACUUGCCAGUUUGAUGCCCAUCUGGCAAAAAAACAUGUUGCACUGAGUUUGAGUAAAUCACUUGCUGUAAAUUUCAUGGUCCCGUAGGGGCUUGCACACAUAUGUGCAUGCACAAGCAGUCUCUCUCACCCUGACAGUGUGAUAAAAAUGACACUUUGGUGUGAUUUGCUGUGGGCGGAGAUCUUGGAUGAGAACUGGAGUUGCCGGAUGGUUCAAAAGUCGAGGAGGAUUUAUCUGCUAUCUGCACAUGCUUUGGGAUCAUCUGACCUCUCCGUUACCCCUUUAACAAGAAACGUGUCGCGAUAAUUUCAAUGAACCCCCAUCGUAUUUGUUCGUCUGUGGUCAAAUGCUGAAUCAAUAGGACAUUUGUGCACCGUGAAGGCCUUCUGCGUCCUGAUCUUGAGCUUCCCCCGUUCCAAAGGUACACAAACUUUCUCACUGACCCGGCUGCACUCUUUGAAGAGAAACUACCUCUCAAGUCAGGUCACAUAAAACAGGCCCUAAACCCAAGUGCCUGGCUCCAUUCUCCAAGUUGUUAGCUGGCGCCACGCGCUAGAGACGCUGCCAGUCUCCCUGUUUUUUUUCUCCUCUCUUUCCAGUUUUAUCAAAUGAAUACAAAUCAGCGUCGCUCAGGCUGUUCAGAGAGUCCCAGACAUCUCUGCCCGUACAGUGAUUACACUGAAACCUGUCUGAUUUCGAAUGUUUGUGCUGCAAGCCAACUUUAUGGUUUCUUUUUUAUUUAUUAGCAUUCAUUGCAUGUUGGGCACAAGGUAAUAUAUUUUAACGCCCAACUCGCGAAAUGUUUUUAUACUACUGUAAAAAAAGAAGUCUCAGCUCUUUUGAGUCUUGUAAACAUUUUGAUGAACGUGUCUGGUGUUUGAAGUUAAAAACAGAAAAAGAAAAACCCUACUUGACAAUGACGUUUCUUGUGGUCUUGUACAUACGCCUGGUUUCUCGUUUCUAUGUAAAUUAACAGAUGCAUAUUGGAUUAAGAAUAAGCUGUCGGAAUAAAUAAGAUUUAGUUAGCACAGUUUUACCUCUUUUUUGUUGUAAAUAAAUAUUUGUGAUUCACUUAGUGGUGUGAAGGACUGUUUUAAAGCACUGUUAGUGAGUUCGAAUCUUUUCCCAACAGGCUUUGACUGGUGACUGGAUAAAGUAUUAAUUUAUUUUUGUAUGUGCAGGGACUUUUUUCUUUCUUUUUUUGCACCAUUUUAUUGACGUGGUUUUAUACUCCAUUAUAAUAGUGGUUUGUGGUUUGUCCACGUUAUCAUGUAUAUGUACAGAAAUUAUGCAGAUUCUCUAAAGUUUGUAUUUAAAACAUCAACGAAAAGUGAAAUCCUGCUUCAUAUUCAGAAAUUUUGAACACUGAGAUUGUAGUGUUGACCUUUUUUCAGUGAUAAGAAAUUAAAUCUGUUUAUUACAAUG